AAUUUUGUAUACAAAUCAACUAAAUAUUUUUUUUAAAAUUAAUUUAUUACGAGAUCAUUUGCUCACUUUAUUAUGCCUUGAAGUUUCAUGCAACACAAGGUAUCAAGCCUAUGCACAAGUGCUUAGUUUUGUGCUCUCUCACUAACAAUGACUGACUUUCUCGCUAUAAAUCCACUUUCCAUUUCAGCUGCAGACUCUCCACGCUCCCCCUUUCUCAAUUCACACCCAACACCUUCAACCAGAACCCAACUCAACCCAAUUUUCCUUUCCCCCUUCUCUCCCAAACUCUCCAAAACCACCUAUGCUAACAAGAGCGUUUCCGCCGCCUUGAGCUCCAGGUCCAAUGGAAGCUCAGGUCCACCACCAUCAAGGGGUCAUAGCUUUUACCAAGAACUUCAAUUCGACAACACAACGGAGAACGAUUUUGGGUUGGAGUUAGAAAGAAACCCCCUUGAGGAGGAUGGGAAUGAUGAUAAGGGAAGCGGAAAGAGUGAGGACGAAUUGCGGGAAGACGAUUUGAUUCGGGUUCAAGGCGAUGGAGAAAGAGAUGAUGGGGUUGAUUUGAGAAAAGAUGAUAAAGUUGAGAAAUUUGGUGGUAAUCUUAGAUUAAGGAAAGGUAAACAAGUGAUAAGACGGUCGAAUUUGUUGGCGAAGCAGGUGAUCAGCAUUCAAUCUGCUCUUAGUUUGGGAUUUGUCUCCCAGCUUUGGGUGGACACCACCUCGUGGAUUGUCUUGUUUGUAGAGGUGAGGUCAAACUUGCUUUCUGGGGAUUCAGAAAAAUUCCUUCUUGAGGAUAUCACUCAGGUUGGGGAUGUUGUUCUUGUCCCAGAUGAAGGUGUAAUAGACAAUGGAUAUACAAUGGUUGGAUUGGAGACUCUGGUUGGAUACAGAGUUGUAACGCCCUCUCUACGAAAUAUUGGAAAGGUGCGUGGCUACAAUUUCAGCAUCAACUCCGGUGCUGUUGAAGAACUUGAGAUAGACUCAUUUGGACUAUCCAUCAUUCCAUCGAGUUUGGUGAGUACCUACUCUUUGAUGAUCGAGGAUGUACUGGAAGUGGUAUCUGAUGCAGUUGUUGUACAUGAAGCCGCAGCUUUACGAAUACAAAGGCUUUCAAAGGGUUUUUUGGGCAACCAGAAUGUGGGAAUCUCAGUGGAUGAUAUCGAUGAGUAUGAAUCUGAACAACCUGCGACAUAUGGUAGAGUUUCAAGAAGAAGGAAAAGUUUUGGAAGAAAGAAAGCGAAUCCAAGAGAUUGGGAUAAUAAUGAAGAUAACUGGGAGCUUCCUAUGGACUAUCUCUAAUCUCACAGUUUUUCUGCAUUUAUACACCUAAAGCUAUGGUAAUGGAGUUCUCAUUUUCUUUUGAGAAAAAGAAAGAAAAAGAAGUUCCAUACUCAUAAAUUUCAUAUACAGUUCAAAUAAGGCUAUUAGAAAUGCUAGUAGUUUCGUAUAAAAAAAAUGAAAUGCUAGUGGUCUUUUUUCUUUAAUGGUAACAAGCUUUCUUUUGUAUAGUUUAUUUCCUUGAAUUUAUUUAGUUUUUAAAUUUAUUUUAGUUUUUAAAUUUAUUUUAGUUUAUGUCCUUUAUUUGUAUUGUAUCGCCUAUUCCACGGUGAAUAAUGUUCUGUAUGCAUUAUGGAAUAUAAACUUUCCGUAUUUUGACA